AGGAAAGAUUUAAUGGUGGUACAUGUCUUUCCAUCCAUCUUUUUUGGCUAGAAAUCUUAGAAUGAGAAGGAUUGUCUUCGGUGGUGCUUUUAUCUUAUUCUGCCUCUUAGGUGUUUUCCCUUAUUUUUUCUGUCCUGUAUUUGGAGGUGUUGGAGGUGUGAUUUGUAGAUCAUGCAACCUCUCAAUCCCCUUCCAUGGAUGUCUUUUGGACUUUGGAACCUGCAGAACAAAACCUGGACAGUAUUGUAUAAAAGAGGUCCAUAUUAAAGAUGGAAUUCAAUGGUAUUCAGUUCAAGGCUGCACAGAGAGCCAAGACGAGUGCUUCAAGAGAAUCGUGACAACUUAUGAAAUUCAGUCUACUCACUGCUGCCAUCGUCCUUUGUGCAAUUUCUGAUCCAGGGGCCCAUAUCCAAAUUGCUUGACUGAUCAGUCAAUCUCAGAGCCUGAACUCGUCAUCCCAAGACAGCAGCUACCAUCAGUCAGCUUUCUGCAAAAGUCUCAGACCUGCAGGUUGUAGGAGUUAUUGUCUGAAACCAGUUUGGGCUUUCAAGAUGCCCAGUUUCUCAGCCACCAGUCCUAACUCAUCUCAGAAACAUCCU